AUGCACUGUGACAGCAAUAACAAUUCGAUUUGUGCAGACAAUCAAUCUAAUAAGUGGCAAAUAACUUUAACUUCAAAAAAUUGCACAAUCAGAAAACAUCUGGAAGGUUGGCAGAUUUAUCCAAAAAGCGCAAGCAAUGAAGAAAAAAAUUUACAAUUAGUUCUAACAGUCCCAAAAUUGAACAUUAAUUCGCAAUGUGCAGACGAGAGGAUCAAAACCGUGGAUGCCGAGAUUUGUUGUAAUCGCGAAAAUUUAGAAGAAAUAUUAGAAGCGAAAGAUAGAGAAAACGAUCAGGAAAAUGGGAAUAUAAUAUUGACAGACUAUUUAAAAUUAGUAACAGAUGACGAAGCAAAGAUAAAUUUUUUACUAAAAGUCUUGACAAGAACCAUAAUCGACCAUAAAUAUUACGUAAUCUGUGGCACGUUUCCGGCUCUGAAAAAACCAUUGACAGAUAGAGGCUGGCUUGAGAAAAAAGCAAUUAGAAAAAUAAUUUCAACAAUACCCGACACAUAUGAAGAUGGCUUGGACCAAAUCGAAAAAUUGCUUCAAACUUCUCCUGAUUUUAUAUGGUAUACGAAUAAAAAACCUAAUAUAAGAAUGGAUGACAAGACUAUUGUGAAUAAAUUUGCUGGCAGUUAUUUUACAUCAAAGAUUGACAUGUGUAACAAUCUGGAAAAUGCUUAUUGGUUUUACGAAACCGGAGUGUCAGAUAUACAGUUUCCUCGAUGCUACAAUAUAUAUCAAUCGGCACAAAUGGACGAGUUUAUACAAGAUUAUUACAUUACUGCGUGUUUUGGAAUUUUAAAGUGGUUUUUAUUACUCACCAAUUUGGUAGGAGCGAAGAACACCUGGUCCCUGAAUGGAACAAUCCCCAUAGAUGCAAUUUUGUUCGCUUUGAAACGCUGUAUAGAAUAUAUAAGGUUGUAA